UCUGCUCAGGUCAGUCUCAGCAGCAGGGACAUCCCCCAAACUGCCUGUCAGCCAAUCCCCUAAUGCAUGUGCUGCUCCAUAUUUACGUAUGCACCUCUGUGUGUGUGUGUACAAGUGAUGAAGGGCCUGCAGUUUAUUGGUUAGGAGCCUCAUAAUCUUCUCAGAGUCAGAGGUGUAUAAGAGGGAUUCAUUAAGCACAACUCAUGUAACAGCAGCCCGGACCACCAUGACACUACCGACAGAGAUAACACAGCAACACAAGAGUUCAAGCAACAAAAGCGUGAAUUUGGAUGUGGCCAAACCUGAAGCAAAGACUGGCAACAAAGCUCCCAUCAGAGCCUCCGGCCCUGGAGCCAGCGCACCCAAGUUCAAACAGAGGAGCACCCGCCAGUUCAAGAGCAAGCCUCCCAAGAGGGGCGUCAUUGGCUUUGGAGAGGAGAUCCCAGGAAUGGAGGGGCUUGGCACUGAUAUCACUGUAAUCUGCCCAUGGGAAGCAUACAGCCAUCUAGAGCUACAUGAACUGGCUCAGUAUGGUAUAAUCUGAGUCCCUUUGAUGAGAAAUUAUAUUUAUACCUACCAAAGGGAACUGAUGAGGCAGAUUCAACAAGUGGAACUGCAUCAUCAAUAUUGGCUCUUCUACUGUAUAAUGGUAACCCAUGUAGUCAGAACUAACAUGUAAAAAUAUGUCUGCAUUUCUAUUUUUUUCCUAAGUUGUUUUAUAUAUCAAAUGUAUUUUCAUAAGAAUUUCAAGCUGUCAUUUUAAUGUCCAUCACCUGAAUGUGUCUGAGCUGUGGGUUAAUAUGAACGCGGUCACUGGCUUCAAUUGUCAGCAUCAUGUUUAAUUAAACAGAACAAACAGAAUAAAGCUUGUUUUUUUAACAAUACUUGUUUUUCUUUCUUUUCUUCUCUGCCAAACUUUGCCGGUUAUUAAACCAUGC